AUGUGUGCACACUUGGCCUUGCCCCCCUACCAGGCUUACCCCAGUGGGACUGGCAUGGGGUACCUGGAGUUCUGCUGGAACUCAACAGGAGAAGCAGAACAUGCCUCGGGCUCAGCUGGGACAGCAGGAGCAUCCAGGGGCAGUCAGUUUCCAGAGGCUGAAGAGAAGAGGCAGACUGCAGAAGUAUCCCUAGUUUCUUCCAGUUCUGGAAAUUUCAGCCAGUUCACACCAGAUUCAGCCACCAGUCCACAUUCGGCAUCCUCAUCCCCACUGCCUACUGCUAAGUCUAAGAAGAGUGGAGAAGAUGGCACAGGGGGAGAGAAGAAGGUCAAGAGUCGCACAGCCUUCUCCAAGGAGCAGCUGCAAACCCUACACCAGAGGUUCCAGAGCCAGAAGUAUCUCAGUCCCCAGCAGAUUCGGGAGCUUGCUGCUGCCCUUGGGCUCACCUACAAGCAGGUAAAAACAUGGUUCCAGAACCGGCGGAUGAAACUGAAAAGGUGUCAGAAGCAUAGCUUGUGGAUGGAACGAGCUCAGUGCCUCACACAGAAUGGCUUCCAGCCAAGUUCUUACCUGGAUGUGCACUCCAAAUUCCACCAGGGCUACCCGAUCACAGCAACUAGCAACAUCCAAAGCAUGCCUUCCCCGCUUCAGCAUUACAGUGCAGGGCAAAAUGCUUAUACAAUCAUGACCAGCGAGGAUGGGGGAAUGUUUGGCAAAGGCGGGGGUACCUGCAGUGUCCAGCAGACAGUGGGCUUCAUUGCGCAGCACAAAGUAGACUUUUAUCACAGCUAUCCUGGAAGUGUGGAAUAUCCUGCCUCAAAGACAGGUGAUGGUUAUAACUUUCACCACCCGGUCACUAUGGGGGCACCUUUCCCAAACACUGCUCCUGGUCACCAUCUCUAUCAUUCCUAA